AACAAACAGAGCCAAUUAAAAGCCCGCGUUCUCAUCAAACUGGAAUUCAGCAAAAUCUAAACUGUUACCCAAUAUCUGUCCGCAUCCAUUUCUGCAAGCUCUAAUGAGAUCAGCUGACACUUCUUUCGAGUAGGCACCCCUAGGACUGCACCGUCAGGAAAGGAGCGGUAGCUGCGAGGCAAGAAUUGCAAGCGAGAUCUCUUUCUGAGCAGAUUCGGCCUCAGACUCCAUGGUCCUUUUGUACAUACAAAUGCACCUGUAACUGCAGCAUAAGACUGCCUCCAGAUUGCUACUGCAUGUGAACUAUCUCCUCUUCCUGAUACAGUUGCUGCUUUACAAAACCACUCCCCAAACGCCAUCAUGGAUUCCAAUCCGAUCUCACCACUGACCCCCCGAUCCUUCUCGAGAGAUGAGUCAGAUGCUUACAUGCCAAAAGCAAUGAAGAAGUUUUAUCGGGGUGAGCCAUUGGCACUGGGGAUCACGCAGAUACUCAUCGGAAUUAUGCAAGUUGGCCUUGGAGCUGCCUUUCACACUGUGCCUUAUUAUUAUUAUUACCCUUACAUUGUAAUUGAAGUACCAAUCUGGAGUGGAAUCUUGUACAUCAUUUCAGGGUCCCUCUCUGUGGCAGCUGCCAGGAACCCCAAAAUACCACUGGUGAAAGGGAUGCUGGGAAUGAACGUCGUGAGUUCUGUAGCGGCCGGCAUUGGAAUCAUUUUCCUCUGUUUUUCACUGGAUAGCUACCAUUUGCGUAGGCAGGGCAUAUUGUAUGGAAUCCUGCCUGUCUUCCUGGUAUUCAACAUCCUUGAGUUUUGCAUCACUAUUUCCACCGCUGCGUUCGGGUGCAAGACUGUUUGCCAGGACAACUACACCGAAACGGUUGUGGUGGUUUACCAGAACGUGAGCCCAGGCGACUCUGUUGCUCUUCCUGAUGCUUGCAAGGAUGCCAGAUCUCUCUGACACUGUUCCUUCAUCCCAUCCUCCUUGACUGCCAUUUCCAAUGUUAUGGGUAAAAAAUACUAAAUGUGCACUUAGGCACCAAGGAGGUUUCUUGGCUCAUCCUAGAUCAUCUUUGAAGAAAUCUAUGUCUGUCAUGACCCAUACAAAUAAAACACUGGGAUUUUGAUAA